AUGCAUUUUAAGUUUUAUCUAUUACUCUACACCCAUUUGUUCUUCAUUCUCCACUCAAAUGCAUUUAAUAUCACAACGAUCCUCAACCAAUACCCAUCUUUCAGCAUCUUCAAUCGUUAUCUUUCUGAAACAAACGUGUCAUCAGAGAUCAAUUCACGCCAAACUAUAACAGUGUUGGCUGUAUCUAAUGAUGAUGUAUUGCGUUCAUCUGGAAAAAAUCAAAAUGAUAUGCUUGAUAAUCUCAUGAGGGUUCAUGUUGUUCUUGAUUAUUUUGAUGUUGAAAAGCUACAUAAUUUGCAAAACGGGACUACACAAAUGACAACACUGUUCCAAACCACUGGUCUAGCCCUUGGCGAACAGGGUUUCUUGAAAGCUACGGUUUCCAAAACUGGAAAUGUUGUUUUUAGUUCGGCGACUAGUGGAGUGCCUGUCGGGGCUAUUUUGGUAAAUUCAGUGUUUGCUGAGCCGUUCAACAUAUCGGUGCUUCAUAUUAGCACUGAGAUCGUCCCACUCGGGAUGAAUUUUCCUGUUGUUUCUGAUUCAAAUUCAAGUUCUCAGGUAAACUCUCCUGCCCCUACCCCAAAAACGUCAAAACCACGUGUGUACACGCCACGAUGUGGCCACAAAGUUGCCCCAUCUCAUGCGAGAUACUCCGCACCUUCUCCAAAUCCAUAUGGAGAAUCACCACCUGAGGGCGCAUCAACUGCGCCCUCAGGUGGUUCUGCAAAUGCACCAGCAUUUGCAGAAUCACCACCGUUGUUGGCUCCUAAGCUAGUACCAUCUCAUUCGAGAUCCCCAACCCCAACCCUUUCCCCAAAUCCACCACCAGCUGUAGAAUCACCACCAAAGGGUGCACCCUCUGCAAAUGCACCGGCAUCUACAAAAUCACCACCUAAGGGUGCACCGGCACUGUCACCCUCAGGUAGUUCUGCAAAUGCACCGACAUCAAUAAAAUCACCACCUGAGGGUGCACUCUCAGGAGGUUCUGCAAAUAUUGCAAAUACAUCGGUAUCUGCAAAAUCAUCACCUGAGAGUGCAACAUCGUUGGCUGCACCCUCAGGUAGUUCUGCAAGUACACCAAAAUCACCUCCUAAUUUUAUAGAGGCGUCGCCAAUAUCACCACCAAAGAUUGCAGACACUCCCGCUGAACCACUACCCCAGCUUGCAGAUACUGAUCAACCAUCAGGCAUUGGAACUUCCAGUAGUAGUCUUGUUGUUAUUACCAUGGCGAAGAACAUUAAUGCGGCGGAGAAAUUUAUACAAAAAGGAAACCCCGAUAUUUUGGAACAACAAAUCGAAGCUAAUGGUAUCAUUACCUUGAGUUCCAACGAAGAAAAAGAUUGA